AUGUCCGCGGCGCGAAAAUAUAAAACCGGGGGGGCUGUCUACGAUCGCUCGACUUCCGCAAGUUGAUGCUCGCCAUUCUUGCUCGGCCAUGUGUGAAAAGAUGCAGAAGGUGAACCGCUGGCUGGCGGCGGCGUUGGGCGACGAGGCGGUUCCUCAGUUCGAGGUGACCGCGAGGACGGUGGACAUCUUGGAGCAGCUCGCCCAGUCCAGCGACUCUCGAUGCCGACACGCCCGCCUGCUCGCUGAAGACCGAAGACAAAAAGCGGCCGAGUACCUGGCCGACGGCACUCACCUCCGGGACGUUCUGGUCCAAGGUUUGGGCAUGUCCUUCGCCAGCCUGCCCAAGGCCUGCGUGGACUACGUGUCCUCUCUGGUGGACAACGCGGCGGUCCUGGCGGUCCAAGACACAUCUCUCUGCAGUUUGAUGCCGGCGCUGAACCGGCUGACCGGCGAGCUCCUGGAGGCGGAGGAGUCCGAGACCCAGUUGGACCGGGAGCUCCUCAACCUCAGGAAGAAGCUGAGCGCCGCCCUGGUACUCAGGGGACAACUUCAAGCCGACAUGAGCAAAACACGCCAGGCUCAAAUGGUGGAGAGCGCCAAAGCCGAGGAGCAUCUGCUCAACAUGGACUUUGUCCAGGCCAAGGCCAAAGAAAUCCAGAGCAGACGGGAGGCCCACGAGGCUCAGCUGGCUUCCAGGAACAUGAAGGAGUCGCUCAGCCAUGGCGCACUGGUGGGACUCUCGGAGGAAGUGAACGCGCUCAAAAAGCAAAUCGGGUCCCUCAAGAAGAAUCUGGAGCCUUUCGUGGACCUCAGCGCGAGCCCGUCUCUCGCUCGAGUCAAAAUCGAAGAGGCUAAAAGAGAACUGGCGGCGCUCGACUCCCAGCUGGAGAUGCAUGUGGACUUCAAGUGAUGCUGAGAAACGAGACUCAAAGCAAUGUGAUGACACUCACAAAGGCAAAAAUGUCAAAUGGGAAGAAGCGUUUCAAGUCACUUGGUGCAGCACUGACCUCUGCCAAGGCACAAGAAGCCAAAUUUGGCUUCAGCAACAAAUUUGAAAACCAAUUGGCCGAUUGUGAGAGAGAGAGAAGCUUUAAAAAA